AUGCUUAGAACAACGCUAAGAAAACAGGUAGGGCUGUCUAGAGGGGCUGCAAAGAGCUGUGUGUUCUCGAGAUCGAUAGUGCUAGGGCCGGAUGGAAAGCCGAUAUCCUCUGGUUCUGGAGGUUCUGGAGGUCCUGAACACAAGGUCCUCGGGCUGGACGGAAAGCCAAUCUCCAGUCCGGGUCCUAGGUCGUUUACGCUGGGAAAGGAUGGCGGCGAAGUGAAGCAGACAUUGACGAAGUCUGAGAACUUGACGAUCCUCCUCAAAAACAUGAUCAAAACAACUGGUCCGAUCUCGAUCGCCAACUUCAUGAAGCAGUGCUUGAUCAACCCGGAUUACGGGUACUACACCACGCGUAAUCCGUUGGAUGCGAAGGCGGGCGACUUCAUCACGUCUCCCGAGAUCAGCUCCACCUUCGGCGAGAUCUGCGGGCUAUGGUUUUUCAGUGCGUUCUUGACACAGUUGAGACACCAGGCGACGCACAACAGAGAGAACUUCAGAAUCAAAGAAAAGAAGUUCCGUCUGAUAGAGUUUGGGCCGGGUAAAGGUACGCUUAUGUUCGACAUGGUGAGGACGCUAAAGAGGUUUGUGAAGGACAGCAACCCCAUCGAGAUUGUGUUUAUCGAGAAGUCGGAGGUGUUGAUCAACGAGCAGUACAAGACCCUGUGCGACACGACGCAGGCGAAGCUCGAGCGCAAGGACGAGUUCACGUUCAGGUCUGUGUCGCGUUGGGGCAACGAGAUCGUAUGGUUGAAGGACGACAAACCGGACCUUCCUGACGACAAGAGCUACAUGAACUUCGUCAUGGCGCACGAGUUCUUCGACGCCAUCCCGAUGAACAGGUUCGUCAAGACCGAGAAGGGGUGGAGAGAGUACUUGGUCGACAUUCGGCCUGAUGCGAAGAAGGACAGUCUUCUGCCGAACGUGACCACCACCACGCAGUCCGACUUGGAGAAGAAACACGACUCCGACUUUGUCAUCAUCCGGGCUCCGUAUGCGACGCCCAGCGCAGCCAUCCCAAAAACGACGCCGAGAUACGACUCUUUGCCCGUCACGUCCGAAAUUGAGGUGUCCCCAGAGUCCCACACUUACAUGUAUGAGAUGGGUAACAUCGUCAAGUCGUCAGACAUCGGCGCAGGACUGGUGAUCGACUACGGGACCACAACCAUCCCAAUCAACUCGCUCAGAGGGAUUAAAGACCACAAGUUUGUGAAUCCGCUUAGUGACGUGGGUAACGUCGAUCUUUCGAUUGACGUGGACUUCAGCAGCUUGUCCGAAAUCCUCAAGGAGUCGAAGUUUGAAACCUUCAUUGCCGACCAGGGUGAUUUCCUCAACUCGAUGGGCCUCGGGUACCGUAUCGACCAGUUGAUGUCCAAGCACGUUGACGACGACGCCAUGAAGAAGAACCUCACUGCGGCAUACAAGAGGCUUACCGGAAAAGACAUCAGGGAUAUGGGCAAGGUCUAUAAAGUCCUCGCCUACUUCGACUCUCAGUACAAGGAGAUAAAACCGCCAGGAUUCGGAGGCGACAUCGAGUAA